AUGCCGAACUAUAAUCGUUGGAUUUAUUUCACUCUUUUAAUUUUCAUAAUUGAGCCAGUUUGUUCGCGAACGACUACAUGUCCACCUGGUGGAUAUCCAAACAAUCUUAUACCAGUAUUAAUAUGGACAAAAGAUAUCGAUCAAACAUCAAAAAUUUACCGUAUUGGUAGCAGUGAGUUAAAACAAGAAUAUUUCACCAAUUCCAGUUCUGAUGAAAUACUUUUAAAUAGUGGAAUUCCAACAGCUUGUCCUAAACCUUGUACCUACAAACUGUCCACAUAUAUACGAUCCAUUGAUGGGGUCGUACUUCAUCAAGGAAAUAAGGAACGAACAGCACCACCUGGUUAUGUCGAUAUCAGUGAACACAAAGAACUCUAUUGUGCUCGAUCAUUGGGAGAUUGUGGAGCUAAAACGCCAAUUUAUCGAUACAAAAAAAGAAAUCUACUAAUUAAUGAUAAAGGAUAUGCAUAUUCCUUUCGUGCAAAUCAAUUGAUCAAUGGUUAUAUCCGAGAACAUAAUCCGAUCUGUUAUGGAUGGAAGGAUAGUAGUAGUAAAAGUAGUGACAAUGAAGUCCCGGGAACCAAGGAUCCUAUAGAUUGCGUACCAAUUCCAAAUGUACCAAACGGACAAGUAAUUUACAAGCCAGCGGAAGCAUCAGAAAAUUCAGAGACAGUGAUGAUGGGAAGUUUUGCGACACUACGUUGUAACGAAGGCUACAAACCAUCGAUGCAAAAUGAAGUUGCAUGUAUUACUGGUACAUGGUAUCCGAUGAAAGAGCUUGGUGAAUGUAUAUCAGUUUCUAUCGAAACAUCAGAAGGCUGUGCUCCAUUACCGCCACAUGAAAAUGGUUAUAUUCUGUACAGUCAACGUGGUACCAGCACUUUUCCCAGUGGUACUUUGGCUUAUUUAAUAUGCAAUGGUCACUAUCAUUCUGUUUUCACCAAACAAGCUCAGUGUGAUCAUGGUCAAUGGUCUACCGUAAAACUUGGAACUUGUCAGCUGACUACUACUAGUAGUUGUUCACCACUUCCAGCAGUGCAAAAUGGCAAGGUUAAGUAUCUAAUGGGUAACGAAAGCAAUGUAAUAAUUGGAACAGUUGCUGAACUGGAAUGUUCUCCGGAAUAUGUUGUUAACGGUGUCGAUGCACUGAUAUGUGAAUCAUAUGGAUGGACACCUGCUCCAAUUCUUGGAACUUGUCAGAAGGAUAUCAGACGAAGGGAUCAAAGAGAGAAACGACAGGAAGCAAGACCAUGUUUCACUGGUCAUCCAAUCAUUUCGAAUGGUCAGUUAUCGUAUUCGAAUGAGCCAAACUUGCUUGGAGCUUAUCCGUCUGAGACUGUUGCAAUUAUACGUUGCAAUACCGGUUAUACUAUUCAUGGUGCGCUUUCGUCGACAUGCAAAGAUUCCAUUUGGAAACCACCAAACUUGGGAGUCUGUAUUCUUCCAUCAGCAACUGUAUCAGUUCCAUUUCAAAACCCAUGUUUGCUUGGACUACUAACUCCAGUUGGCGGUACAAUUACCUACAGUACAGGUAGCACAUUGGGUCCAUUUCCGUCUGGUACUGUAGCUAUGUUGAAGUGCGUUUACGGUAUUCCACAUGGAGCAUCAUUAGCAGCUUGUGAUAACGGUUCAUGGAUCCCUCCUGAAAUAGGCAUAUGCUCAUUGUCGCAUUUUCAGAAUUCCUCAAAUAUUCGUUCAGUUCUUGAGUUAGCUAGUUGUUUGAAUAAUUAUCCUGUACCAGAAAAUGGUAUUGUUAUCUAUUCAAACAAUGCCAUUUAUCCACCUUAUCCGGCAUUAACUACGGCUAACAUACGGUGUAAUCCCGGAUAUGCACCAGUAGGUCCAGUGAUAGCCACCUGCCAGAACAGAAUAUGGUAUCCACCGAUAGCAACACAGUGUAUCCAAUAUGAUAGAGGAAGUAACUGUGUCACCGGUAUAGCUCCGCCAACAAAUGGAUACAUUAACUACAGCACUGGUUCAAGCAAAAGACCAUUUCCAACUGAAACCGUAGCAACCAUGAGUUGUGAUCUUGGCUUCAGACCUGUUGGCGUUACGUCAUCGACGUGUCUGAAUGGAAUCUGGUCACCACCAGUAUUAGGACAAUGUGUUCAUAUAGGGUCAAAACUUUAUGGUGUGCCUCUCGAUGGCUCAAUAAGUGAAACAAGAGCAGGACAUUGUCCUGCUCUUGUUUCACCUGUUAAUGGUUGGAUAUCCUAUUCGAAUGGUGCAGAGAAAGGAUCAUUUCCUACCGGUACUACAGCUAUCGUUACUUGCAAUCCAAACUACAUACUCCUCGGGUUAUCAACCGCCGUAUGUACCAAUGGUGUUUUUUCGCCUUUGCUUCUGGCACAUUGUGUACCGGGACCGGAAAAUGUUGAUGAUCCAUUAAAAAUCGGACAGCUGCCAUGUAUACCUAUCCCAAAACCAUUAAAUGGAAAUUUGACAUAUUCGGACAUUACUGCAGCUUUAUAUGCUUCGAAAACAACAGCCACUCUAGUAUGUAAACUCGGUUUUGUUCCAGUGGGUCCGGUAGAUACAAUCUGCAUGAAUGGACAAUGGCAACCGGCUUUAGGAUUCUGUCAACAAAGUAUAAUUGGUUCAGGAAUGAGCCAAGCUUUCAUUUCUAGACAAUGUUUAUUUGAAUUGCCUGUUGUAGCAAAUGCGAAAAUACGAUAUUCUACUGGAAACAUAUUACCGCCAUACGAUAGUGGAACAAUAGCGAGGUUAAUUUGCAAUAGUGGUAGUACUCCAAUAGGAGAAAAGUUCUCAACUUGCAUCAAUGGGUCAUGGAAUCCUCCGAUGUUAGGCCAAUGUCCAGUAAAUGGUAAUGACAAAGGUCAUCUAAUGUUUGGAUUAAAACAAACUGUGCUACCAUUGAUUGGCUGUUCUACUUCUCCACCUGUUUCUAAUGGAAAGGUGUACUAUAGUAAUGUUAGUAAAAAUAAUAUGUACGCAGUCGAUACAGUGGCAAAUUUGGUUUGUGAUGAUGGAUACAUAUUAGUGGGACGAUCGAUAUCCUAUUGCCAAAGUGGUAUUUGGUCACCUUGGCCUGGUGUUGGUAGUUGUCAACCCUAUACGCAAGAACAACAACAACAGUAUACAAUCAAACCAAAGGGUGCAUGUUCUGAAGUGCCCAUUACACCUGCAAAUGGGAUGAUAAUAUAUGAAAGUAAUGAAAGUACUACAUGGUAUAGCAAUGGCACUAGCGCAAAGUUACAAUGUAAUGCUGACCAUAAAAUCAGUGGUAAGGAAGUGACUUACUGUCGGGAUGGCUUUUGGAUACCAUCGGUUGGAAUUUGUCAACCUAUAAUUAGCACCGAAACUGGUGACUUCUGUGAACCGUUCAACUCUCCACCAAAUGGAAAGGUUUACUAUAUUUACAACAAUUAUACAAAGGAUUAUCAAACGGGUACUACAGCUAUCUUAAGCUGCAAUAAAGGUUAUCGGGUAGAGGGAGAAACAACGCUUAUGUGCAACAAGAAUGGCUGGACACCAAAUAGUGGUUUUGGGAUUUGCAUUCCAGUGGAUGACAGUUUCCACAAGCAUUCAUAA